CUAGCGAUACAGGGUGUCCCUAACAAUCACUCUUGUAUCAGUAACAACAAAGCCGCCGAUUCCCCCAAAGACAAAGUCAAUACCAACUGUGUCCACAAUCUAUCACAUUCAAGUAAUCUCUACUUUUCAUCUCAAUACCAUCGGUGGAUGAUAGCAUAUUCGAACUUCGCGACUACGCGAUUCUCACAAACACCUUUCUGAGGUACCCGUUUCUGGGUUGUCUGUAUCGAAUUGGCCGUCUUUAUCCACAAUGCGAUCUCUGACUUCCAAGACCAGUUCAGCCUUGCUGACGAUAUGGGGAUUAUUGUCUGUAUCGCUGAUGCCCUCCGUGGGCCAAGCAGAUAAAACCGCGGGGGAUUAUUUUGUUCACUCCCUGCCGGGUGCUCCGGCUGGGCCAUUGCUCAAGAUGCAUGCUGGGUAAGUUGUAUUCACAUUACAUUUUACCACAUCUAGCUCACACUCCUUUUACAGACAUAUUGAGGUCACCCCUGAGCAUCACGGAAAUAUAUUCUUUUGGCAUUUUCAAAAUAGACACAUUGCCAACAAACAGCGCACGGUAAUUUGGUUGAAUGGUGGCCCGGGUUGCAGUUCUGAGGAUGGAGCUUUAAUGGAGAUUGGACCUUACAGAGUCAAGGAUGGAUCUAAUGGACCGAAACUCGAAUACAAUCCAGGAUCGUGGGAUGAAUUCGCGAAUGUUAUGUUCGUGGAUAAUCCGGUAGGAACAGGAUUCAGUUUCGUGGACUCGGACAGCUACAUUCAUGAUUUGCCGGAGAUGGCAGACCAAUUCGUCCAAUUUUUGGAAAAAUGGUUUGCGCUAUUUCCUGAGUAUGAGCAUGAUGAUGUGAGCAUAAUCCCAUUCAAUCAUUUCUAUGUGGAUUACUGAUUAUUUUAAAGCUAUACCUUGCGGGAGAAUCUUAUGCGGGACAGCACAUUCCCUACAUCACAAAAGCGAUUCUCGAACGAAACAAGAAGCCUGACGCGAAACACAAGUGGCCAGUCAAGGGAAUGCUAAUUGGUAAUGGGUGGAUUUCACCAGUCGAACAAUACAUGUCCUAUCUUCCAUUCGCGUACGAGAAGGGGCUGGUCAAGAAGGAUAGUGAAAAGGCAAAGAAACUGGAAUCCCAACAAGCUAUUUGCACCAAAAUGCUGAACGAGAACGGUGGGAGAGACAAGGUUGAUAACAGCCAGUGCGAACAAAUCUUGCAAGAAAUUCUGUCGACUACGCAAAGCAAAGGCUCCGAUGGCAAUAUGCAAUGCUACAAUAUGUAUGAUGUGAGAUUGAAGGACUCCUACCCAAGCUGUGGUAUGAACUGGCCUCCUGAUUUGGUCAAUGUCACUCCUUACCUUCGCCGAUCGGAUGUGGUUGCAGCUCUUCAUAUUUCGCCCGAAAAGAGGACCGGGUGGACCGAGUGUAACGGUGCUGUUGGCAGCGCUUUUAGAGCCGCGAACUCUAGGCCUUCUAUCCAGAUUCUACCGGAACUACUUGCAGAAGUCCCUACGAUAUUAUUUUCCGGUGCUGAGGAUUUGAUUUGCAACCACAUUGGCACUGAAGAAUUGAUCAGCAAUAUGGAAUGGAACGGGGGCAAAGGUUUUGAACUUGGAUCAGGAACUUGGGCACCACGACGAGAUUGGGAAUUUGAAGGCGAGCCAGCGGGAUUCUGGCAAGAGGCACGCAACUUAACAUAUGUCCUUUUCUACAAUUCCUCUCACAUGGUACCAUUCGAUUAUGCUCGACGUACCCGAGAUAUGCUCGAUAGAUUCAUGAAAGUGGAUAUCGCUAGUAUUGGUGGAGCUCCAACCGAUAGUCGUAUUGACGGCGAGAAAGGUUUGGAAACAUCUGUCGGUGGCCAUCCCAAUAGUACCGCUGCCGCCGAGGCGGAGGAAGAGCGUCUGGAAGCUGCGAAAUGGAAUGCCUACUACAAAUCCGGUGAGAUUGUCCUAGUCAUUGUCAUUAUCGCUGCCUCAGCAUGGGGCUAUUACAUUUGGCGCGAACGACGCCAGCGUGCCGGCUACGCUGGAAUCUUCGGAGGCGAUACUCCAAUGGCUCUAGCAGGCGCGAGAAGUGGUUCAAGGGGAGCUGCAGGUCUAGAAGAUUUCCGCAACAAGCGAAAUGCUCGAGAUGUGGAGGCAGCGGAUUUUGAUGAAAGUGAAUUGGAUGAACUACAUGUGAGGUCGCCUACAGAUGAUAUGGAUAGAGAUAGAUAUAGCGUUGGAAGCGCAAGCGAUGACGAGGGCACCGGAAAGAGGAAUGGAAAUGGAAAGGGGAAACAAAAGAGCUACUCAUAGUGUAUUUCAAUCUUGAUGAAUUGAAGGCGUGGCAAGACGGAUAUUUCUCUUUAAUCGUAUAAGCAUCAGUACGGGCGCUUUUGGAGAUUUUGGGAUCAAGACGAUCGGACUGUUACCAUUCCUAUUCUAGACUUUGUUUCAAUUAAAACUGCAUUGUGGGAACUUGGGGUUUUAAGUGGAAAUGGUAAUGGAAAUAUUGAUGGGUAGUACAAUUACUCCUAAAUGGAAUCGUGUAUGCUCGUGUUACAGUCCGGGAUACAAGCGUGAGUAAUACAUUCGUUGGCUUUGAAUACACUUCAU